CUCCUACCCGUCCGAAACAGUGAACUCAUCCUCAUCCUCUUCCGCCAGCCACUAGGGUGUCGCAACGAAGAAAAAGGCCAAUCGGCAACUUCGGCAUGAGCUAUCUUGCAACUCAAGUAUACACAUUCACAGGAAGUUCUUCGCAGAUAUAAACCACUGCGCUAGGACGGAUAUCAUUAUAGCAAGUCGCACUGUGUCCUGAACCUUCCCGGCGAUUCAGCAUCUGAAGACUCAGACCAAGAAUUCAGCAGCAGCCAUGAAGGCCGUCCUCGUUUUGAUGCUGCUAAUCGUUUCACUUGCAGCAAUUCAAGCUGAGGCUAUGCCCAGAGUCUACCGCCAUAUAUACCGCGCUGCCAGACAUGCCGCUCGUGAGUACGGCGGUUAUCAGUCUGGCAGAGAUGAUGUUAGAGGCUCUUCCGGUUACGGAUCCGGCAGAGAUGGUGUUCGUGGCUCUUCCGGUUACGGAUCCGGCAGAGAUGGUGUUCGUGGCUCUUCCGGUUACGGAACCGGCCGAGAUGGUGUUCGUGGCUCUUCCGGUUAUGGAUCCGGCAGAGAUGGUGUUCGUGGCUCUUCCGGUUACGGAUCCGGCAGAGAUGGCGUUCGUGGCUCUUCCGGUUAUGGCUCUGGCAGGGGUGAUGCUGUGUACGUCCGAUCGCACUAAGGUCUACUCUUGCGCGGACAAACAACGGUGGAGCAAGUACUGUGUGCGAGUCAUCAAGUCUUGGAAGUAACUUGUGAGAGGAUUGACAGUCACAAAGAAGACAUGCAAAGAAGACACCGAGUUCACCAUGAAAGCACUACGUAUCAUGCAGAAUAAAGUGAAGUUCGAAUGCAGAA